ACCAAAGCACUCAGAGGGAGGAGAGCGCUGGAUCCUGUCGGUUCGACUCUCCUCCUCCUCCUCCUCCUCCUCCUCCAGUGACUGAUCAUAUUGAUUGAUCGCCGGAGAAAAAAACAAAAAGAAAAAAGAAAAAGAGCCUUGCAGGAGAGAUCUCGGAGGAUCUAGGACUGCUGUGGUCACACAUGACACGCAGAAGAAAGUGUGUGUGGGCGGAUGAGGAAGUUCAGAGCGCGGAUUGAUGGUUCCACACCUACUGUACUGGCACUUUAUCGCAGCGGCAGCACAAGCCGGGAUCUCCAUUUGUACCGAAAAAACCCGACUCCUUCCAGUGAUCCCAGGUGAUCCACGAAUGGGAAAAUGACAAUCAAGUUUGUGGUCAUCCUCUUAUUACUUCUGAUCGUUCAAGGUGCACGUUCUGAUCAGCUGGAAUAUGGCGACGACGAUGAAGAUCAGCACGAUACGACUGUCAAUCAAAUGCUGGUUCCCAGGUCGCACCAGGAGGAUGCCACACUUAUCCUGAACAAUUUGCUCAAGGAAUAUGACAAGACACUCCGGCCAGAUAUCGGAGUGAAACCGACAGUCAUCGACGUGGGCAUAUAUGUCAACAGCAUCGGGCCUGUGUCAUCCAUCGAUAUGGAGUACCAGAUCGAUAUUAUCUUUGCUCAGACUUGGGUGGACACCCGUCUGCGCUACAACAGCAGCAGCAUGCGGAUCCUAACCCUUAACAGCAAUAUGGUGGGCUUGAUCUGGCUGCCUGACACCAUCUUUAGGAAUUCCAAGACUGCUGACUCUCACUGGAUAACGACGCCCAAUCAGCUGCUUCGGAUCUGGAACAACGGAAAAAUACUCUACACACUCAGGAUGACCAUCAAUGCAGAAUGCCAGCUGCAACUCCAUAAUUUCCCAAUGGACGAACACUCCUGUCCUCUCGUCUUCUCCAGCUAUGGUUACCCACGAGAUGAGAUCGUGUACAAGUGGAAGCGGAAUUCGGUGGAGACGUCGGACCAGAAAUACUGGAGGCUUUACCAGUUUGAUUUCAUGGGGCUCAGAAACACCACAGAUGUGCUUACAACCACAGCAGGUGACUACAUAUUGAUGACUGUAUACUUCGACCUCAGCAGAAGGAUGGGCUACUUCACCAUCCAGACAUAUAUACCUUGUAUCCUGACUGUGGUCCUAUCCUGGGUCUCCUUUUGGAUCAAGAGUGAUGCUACACCUGCAAGAACCGCUUUAGGAAUCACCACGGUGCUGACCAUGACCACGCUGAGCACAGUGGCCAGGAAUUCUCUGCCCCGAGUGUCCUACGUGACAGCCAUGGACCUGUUCGUCACCGUCUGUUUCCUGUUCGUCUUCGCCGCCAUGAUCGAGUACGCCAUGCUCAACUACUACUCCUACAGUAUACGCAGACCCCCUCCCAAGAUGCAGAGAAUGGCUUACUCGUCGUUCAACAUGAGUCGCACCCCUCGGACCAUGAUGCCCAUGGGCAACUCUCUCUUCUGGCACGACUACGACGACAGCUGCCUGUACGAGUGCUUGGACGGGAAAGACUGCAAGAGCUUCUUCUGCUGCUACGAGGAGUGUAAAGAAGGCGGCUGGAGGAAAGGGCGGAUCCACGUCAACAUCCGCGAGCUGGAUUCCUACUCCCGGGUUUUCUUCCCCACCUCUUUCUUGCUCUUUAACAUCGUCUACUGGGUCAGCUACCUCUACCUCUAGUCACGCUGGGAAUCUGUUGGACACCCCCCCCCCCCCCCCCCUUCCGCCCCCCCCCCCUUUCACUUUGCACCGCGGCUUGUGAUUUGAGGUCAAAUCUACGCAUGGAGGAACCGCUCUGUGGGGAAACUAUAUGAAAGACCUGCUGCCUUAGGAGCGGCGUGACCACGAAACAUGGAAGCGCGAAGGCCGUGAUCAUUGGAGCAGUUCGGGACACUGGAGAAUAAAACGCUCAGCAGUCCGACGACGAGCCGUCAAAGCGCUAACCGGAGUAGAUGGAUACCACUAAGGACUCUCAGAAACCAAACAACUCACAGCUGUGACUUCAGAGACAACCGGGGACGGGGUUGCAUUGCUGAAUCUUGGUCAACGAGAUGGCGACGCACCCAUAGUGCCUUCUUUAGAAAGGGUGCGGCACCGACAGACGCAGCUUUAGAGUUCCCUCCAUUAUCUUUAUUACCUCAUCCAUCACACCACCGCAUGCUGAGCUGUUUAUUCUUUGAUGAAACAAACCCCCGGAACACAGUUUUCACCACCGGAGAUGUUUAAAAAAAAAAAAAAAACGAAAAACUCACAAUUUCUUUUUGUAGCACAUUAGUUUUAGUUGGAUUGUACUUUCUAAUAAUAGUAUGUUUUCUUAUGAUUAGAAUUAGUUGUAUUCUCUCAGCGAGUCUGCUAGCUAACAAUGUUAAUUGUUGAAUAUGAGUUAGUGUCAGGGGCAGUGGUUGUCUGGUAAAACCUUGUUUAUUAAGUCGGUGAGCUUUUGUUCAUGAUGCUUUAUGACCACAUGCGGUUUACAGUAGAUGCCAAGAAGAUGUGGGUGUUUUGUUUUUUUUUUUUGUUUUUUUUAUAAUAAAUGCUGGGUUACAUUCAUACACACCAGACGUAAAAGAAGCGCAUACAUACAUACCAAUCUGAUGCUAAACACGCUACUGUCAUCCCCGAGCCUACGAAGUAAGACUACAUGAAUAUUAAGUAGAUUAGUGCUAAUUUCUUCCCGACUCCACAUUUUGUUUUUCCGCAUUUUUCCACUUAUUUCCAUUUAUUUUAUCACCACCAGAGCCAAGCUUAAGGAUUUGCUUACCUUAAGGUUAUUUCAUCACUUCAGUGGAGAGUUUCACAUGAUGUAACGCUGGGUAAACAAAGAGAAAAAGGCAUUGUUUUUUUGGCUUGAACAAAGCAGAAAUAUUGGAUAUUUGCACAAAAUCAGCUGUUUCAAUGCAAAUAUUUGUUUGACCACAAAAUACAUUUUCAAACCCAUCCCAUACGUCCUAUUUAUUUCUGCGUCCCACCUAGAAACAGCGCUCGAGUAUGUGAAAUUGUACUCAUGAUGAAAGGUUCCGUUUUUUCCUAAUGAAAAAUGAAAGGAAUUUCUGAUGCCCUGCCACACGAGCGGGAUGACUGAUCACAGGUGCUGUAAAAUAGGUCCAUAUUAUUGUGGAACUCCACACACUCAUGUAGACGGAGCGUUGCUGAAAAAUGGAUGAUCCAGGAUGCUUGUUUAUGACUCUUGAUGGAGUCCCACAUCCCACCCCCUUCCUCAAACAUGUAAAAUUGAUGCCAUAAUAUGAAGGGACAUGCACACACAUUUAAAAAAAACACUACGAUGGACGGCUGGAACAUCUUAGUUUACUGUUCUUUGGUGUUUUUUGCAGUUGUUUGGCUUUGUAGAACAAUCAACCCCCUCCUCGAAACCCCCUCUUCUCCCCAAACACACACACUUUUUCCCUGGUAUUUGUAUGUUCAGAGAAAAGCUUUUAUGUAAGAUGUAUCUAAUUAAUGUUUCUAUUUUCAUACAGUUAUAUAUAUGGAAUGUAUGUUAGGCCAGUAGCGAGGCCCGAGUCAUUCUGGUUCCACUUCAGUCAGUUCAAGCAGCCUAAAUGAGUCCAUAUUUAGGGGUCCUGCAUAUUCACGAGGGCUCAAGACACAUUUGUGUUCUGUCCAGAGGUUUGUAAUUACAAGUCAAAGCGCCUCGAGUAAAGUGGAGAAACAGUAGAAGGGCUGUGGGCAUUACGUCUCUGCAGAUUUAAUACAUUAGCUCAAAUAAUAAGACGAAGUAGAUCGCAGCAUUUAAACAGCUUUAUCUAUCUCUGUAUCUAAGAAUGAGGUCAGAAAGUGCAUACAUCUCAGCUAAAUGGAUUUAAAUGCAGGUUUUUUCAGUCUCAAACUUUUUUUUUUAUUUAAUAAUCCCUCUGUUUGUUACAUCGGCUCAAUUUUGUUAUUUUGAUGGUGUGAGUUUUCACAAUAAAAGUAGAAAGGUUUUUUUAAUCUCAGCUUUUACUUAUUUCAUCACAUUCUCAAAAGCUAAAAGUUAAAGAACCAAGUUUAAGGCAUCUCUGAACUGAAUUUUGACAUCUAGGCUACGUUCAGACAGCAGGUCUUAUUGCACAAUUCAGAUUUUUUGUAAAAUCUGAUU